AAUAUUUUGUAUGGCAAAAAGCUGCUCAUUAACGAUAUCGACAACUAUCCUUAAAAACAGAAAGCGUGUACAAAAUUGACGGCCAGUAUUGUUUAGAUCGUUCUUCAUUCACCAUAUACGUGCUCUUUUUUUCUCUUCGUCCCUUUAUGAUUUUUUUCCUAUCGUCUUUUUUUAUUUUCUGUAAAAUUAGGGAAAGAAGGAAGAGAGAGAUAGCAGAAAAGGCGGAGAUUCCAUUACCGUUAAAGGUCGCAAAAAGCUUAUUUCAUCAAAUAUCUUGACUUUAAAUACUUAAUAUUCUUUUUUGUGUCUCUCAUACGUCCCACUUUAGUAAUGGAUUUUCGUUUCGGCCUGGUUGCGAUCUUCCUGAUCCUUAAUAUGGUCUCUAUCCAGUUUACCGAAGUAAAACUGUUGGACACAGUGCAAUCGUCAAUAGCUCACUGUACACCGAAGGAAACGAAGAUUGUGAUUGUUGGAGCAGGCUCAUCUGGUAUUGCAGCUGCCUCGAAGCUGCUACAGGGAGGAGUGAAUGAUUUUGUGAUACUGGAAGCCAACGACAGGAUAGGUGGUCGUAUAUAUACCAAAGAAUUUGGUGAAAAUGUGGUGGAUCUCGGAGCUCAAUGGGUCCAUGGAAAAUCCGGAAAUAUAGUGUAUGAGCUUGCCUCCAAAUACGAUUUGCUGAAUUCAUCCGAAAUUCUGGACGAUUUUAGCAAACAUGAAUUUCUCACAAUUAAUGGUGAAAUAAUGAUCUCCAACGAAGAGAUCAGCGAAUUAGAGAACAUUUAUUUGCAUGUUAUGAAUAAAAUAGAAGAGGAGGAAUUUAAAGAGGAAAGUGAAUCUCUUGGAGAUUUUUUUACAAGAGAAUACUAUAAGGCUUUCGAUGAAAAGAAUAUCACGAGUCGUGCUCGAGCUGCUGAAUAUUUAUCUUGGAUAGAAAAAGCGCAAAUCGUUGAAGACAGCGAAUCAUGGUUUGCCGUCUCCGCGAAACGUUAUAAAGAAUAUUGGAUGUGCGAAGGUGGACAGUACGUGGAUUGGCAGAAUCGUGGUUAUAAAACGAUUUUUGAUGUAUUGAUGCAAAAAAUUCCAAACGCAGAGGAAAGCUUACCAGUGAUGGAAAAGAUAGAAUUCGAAAAAGUUGUGACAACUAUCGAUUAUAACUCAGGCGAAAACGUGACAGUGAUUACCAGAGAUGGAUGCGAGUAUUCCGCGUUGCAUGUAAUAUUCACUGGGUCUUUGGGUGUUCUAAAGGAGAAACAUUCUACGAUGUUCGUGCCACCCUUGCCACAAAAGAAACAACGCGCGAUAGAGGGAUUAAAUAUUGGAACAGUGAAUAAGAUUUUCUUUGAAUUUUCGCAUAGAUGGUGGUCAGAGGAUAAAGUCGGUUUUGAUUUUAUUUGGCCGGAAAAUGAUAAAAAGGAAUUCUUGAAAACUUAUGGAGAAGAUAAAGAAUGGCUCUGUGAUGUGUAUUCAAUUAUGAUUGUAGCAUAUCAACCGAAUCUUUUAUGUGCUUGGAUAGUCGGAAAAAACGCUAAAUACAUAGAAACCCUAUCGGAUAUUGAUGUAUUUGAUGGAUUGUAUUUAUUAUUAAACAAGUCAUGUGAGGGACGUUACAAUGUCGAGAAGCCAGUAAAAAUGUUAAGGUCCAAAUGGUACACAAAUGAACAUUUUCGAGGCACUUAUAGUUUUCAAAGCAUAACUUCCGAACAAAUGCAUGUAAGACCGAGAGAUCUGGCCGAGCCAAUUAUGAGUGGAAAUAAAUCUGUAAUCCUUUUUGCUGGAGAAGCCACACAUGAUCAUUAUUAUUCCACUGUACAUGGUGCCGUGGAAACUGGUUUCCGCGAGGCGGAUAGACUAAUUGAAUGUGAAAAGCAAUUUAAUUCACCUGUAACAACAUCUUCUACAACUACACCAACAGUUAUACGGAAAAGAAUUGACGUAAAACGUGCAAUCAAUCAGCUAAUUGACAACUUCGACGAAUCGUUGGAGAUAGAGGUUGAAACGAAUGCAAAAGGAAUGGAAAGGAUGAGCGUUGUGAUAGUAGGCGUAGAAUUAUACUCAACAUCCUCUUUUGUGUCUCUCAUGCGUCUCUCUUCAGUGAUGGAUUUUCGUUUCGGCCUGAUUGCGAUCUUCCUGAUCCUUAAUGUGGCCUUUGUUCGGUUUACUGUGCAAUCGUCAACAACUCGCUGUGUACCAAAAGAAACGAAGAUUGUGAUUAUUGGAGCAGGCCCAUCUGGUAUUGCAGCAGCCUCGAAACUACUGCAGGGAGGAGUGAAUGAUUUUGUGAUACUGGAAGCGAACGACAGGAUUGGUGGCCGGGUAUAUACCAAAGAGUUUGGUGUUAAUGUGGUGGAGCUUGGAGCUCAAUGGGUUCAUGGACAAUCCGGAAAUUUGGUAUACGAGCUUGCUUCCAAACACGAUCUACUGAAUUCAUCUGCAAUUUUGGCUGAUCCCAGCCAACACGAAUUUAUCACAAUUUAUGGUGAAAUAAGGCCCAAGGAGGAAGGCGCUGAAAUCAUGAGAAUUUUUUUUGAAAUUAUGCAUAAAAUAAAACAGAUAGAAUUCCAAGAGGAAAACGAAUCUCUUGGAGAUUACUUUACAAGAGAAUAUUACAAGAUUUUUGACGAAAGAAAUUUUACGAGUCGUGCUCGCGCUGCUGAAUAUUUAUCUUUGAUAGAAAAAAUGGAAAACUCUGCAGAUGGCAGCGACUCAUGGUUUGACGUCUCCGCGAAACGUUUUACAGAAUAUUGGGAAUGUGAAGGUGAUCAGCUAUUAAGUUGGAAGAACGGUUACAAAACAAUUUUUGAUUUAUUGUUGCAAAAAAUUCCAAAUGAAGAGGAAGUCUUACCAGUGAUGGAUAAGAUAGAGUUCGAAAAAGUUGUGACAACUAUCGAUUAUAGCUCAGGUGAAAACGUGACAGUGAUUACCAGAGAUGGAUGCGAGUAUUCCGCGUUGCAUGUAAUAUUCACUGGAUCUUUGGGUGUUCUAAAGGAGAAACAUUCCACGAUGUUUGUACCACCCUUGCCACAAAAGAAACAACGCGCGAUAGAGGGAUUAACUAUUGGAACAGCGAAUAAGAUUUAUCUUGAAUUUUCGCAUAAAUGGUGGCCAGACGAUAAAGUCAGUUCUGAUUUUAUCUGGCCGGAAAAUGAUAAGAAAGAAUUCUUGGAAACCUAUGGUCAAGAUAAAGAAUGGCUUAUUGAUGUGAUUUCAUUUAUAAAUGUAGUAUAUCAGCCGAAUCUUUUAUGCGCUUGGAUCAUUGGAAAUAACUCUAGACACAUGGAAACUCUAUCGGAUGAUGAAGUAUUGGACGGAUUGAAUUUAUUGUUAGAGAAGUCAUUUGAGAAACAUGACCAAGUUGUAAAGCCAAUAAAAAUGUUAAGGUCUAAAUGGUACACAAAUGAACAUUUUCGAGGUAGUUAUAGUUUUCAAAGCGUGACUUCCGAACGAAUGGAUGUAAGACCGAAAGAUCUGGCCGAGCCAGUUAUGAGUGGAAAUAAACCUGUAAUCCUUUUCGCUGGAGAAGCCACGCAUGAUCACUAUUAUUCCACUGUACAUGGUGCCGUGGAAACUGGUUUCCGCGAGGCGGAUAGACUUAUUGAAUAUGAAAAGCAAUUAAACUCACCUGUAACUACGUCUUCUACAACUACAUCUGCGCAAUGAAAGGAUUAUGAAAAACUAC